AUGGUGAAGGAGGUGGUGGUGACGGUGCUAGGGUUUCAUGAAGGCGGUGAUCCGACGUUGGAGGUGGUCGCCGUGGUAGUGGUCCGCUCUUGUUUCCAAUUUCCACCCCUACCAGACUCCGCCCUCCACCGCCGUCCUACCAAGUCCAACGGCACGCCACUGAAUCUCAGCCUUUUGAACUCCAGCAACAAUUUCACCGCCAUCCUUCUCCAUCGUAGAUUGGUAUGGCAGAAGUUGACAAGAGUACUUCUGGUAAUGGGAUACAAGAAAAUCCACAGCUUGAAGAAACACAAGAACAUGAUAUUGGUUCCUGCACAAAAAGUGGGAAGUAUUAUUGGACGAAAAGGCGAAUUCAUCAAGAAAAUGUGUGAGGAGACAGGGGCCCGCAUCAAGAUUCUUGAUGCUCCACCAGGAACAACAACAGAAAGAGCUGUGAUGAUAUCUGGAAAGGAAGAACCUGAUGCUUCUCUUCCCCCUGCUGUAGAUGGUCUUCUUAGGGUUCAUAAACGCACAGUGGAUGGUUUAGAUGGUGAAUCUUUUCCUGUUCCUGUUCCACCAGGGUUCAUAAAGGUCUCCACAAGGCUGCUUGUGCCAGCUGUACAAGCAGGAAGUUUGAUUGGGAAACAAGGAGCAACAGUAAAAUCUAUCCAAGAAGCAUCCAGUUGUAUUGUUAGAGUUCUUGAAGAUUUACCAAGUUUUGCUCUUCAAGAUGAUAGAAUUGUUGAAGUAGUUGGGAAACCUGGUGGGAUACACAAGGCAGUUGAAUUAAUCGCUUCUCAUUUGAGAAAAUUCUUGGUUGACCGAAGUGUUAUUUCGUUAUUUGAAGUGCAAAUGCAAGCACCAAAGCCUCAAAUGGAACAACAAAUACCCCCUCCUGAAUCCUGGGGUCCACCACCACAUUUUAUGGCACCUCCAAGGCAAAUUGAUACUUACUAUCCACCACCAGAGAUUCAGCCUCACCAAGGAAUAUCAGCCUACGGAAGAGAAGCUCAUGUAGCCAUGCAAGCAACAACAACAGCUCCCUCCGUUAUCACACAGGUGACACAGCAAAUGCAGAUUCCGUUAUCAUAUGCGGAUGCUGUGAUUGGUACAGCUGGAUCAAAUAUAAGUUAUAUACGUCGUGCCAGCAGUGCAACUAUCAGUGUACAGGAAACAAAGGGAGUUCCUGGGGAGAUGACUGUGGAGUUUAAUGGAACUGCUUCACAAGUCCAAACAGCUCAGCAAUUAAUUCAGAAUUUUAUGGCUGAUGCCGCCGCCUCCACCGCCGCCGCACCACCACCACAACCACCGCCACAAAUCCAAACAAGCACAUCGGAACAAGGAUAUAAUCCUUAUGCCGCCCAUGCUACAAUGUAUGCAUCACCACCAACCACCAGUUAUGGAGGACAAACAGGAGGCUAUGGUUCAAUCUAUGGUGCUAAUUAUGGUUAUUAAGGUUAGUGGUUUAAAUUUUUUUAAUCUUUUAGAUUUUGUAUACGUUUAUAUAUAAAAUAAGUGUUAACUUUAUCUAUGAUUAAAAAAUAAUUAACAAUGUCACAUUGACAUGUUUGGUUGUAGUAUUUCAUUUUUUAUAAAUUAUAAAAGAUGAUAUAUUGAAUUUGUCUAUGGUGUUGUUUCUCUUAGAGUUAAUGUACUUAAUGUAUAUAAGAUAUUUAAUGAGUUAAGCUAUAUAUAGUUGUUUCUUUUUUAUUUAAUAUUAAUAAAAUGUUUUGGUUGGUUAAGUUAGGAAAGGGGUGUCCUUAGUAUUAAAUGGUG